AUGAGGGUCUUCAUCUGCUUUGAGGGCUCCUGUGAGCCUUUUGAUGUCCCUCCAGAUCAGACUGUGGGGGCCAUGAAGCAGAUGGUGAAGGAUUACUUUCUGGUGCAACUGUCAGAUGACAAGCAGCAGCAUCAGUACCUGGAGCUGAGCUACGGUGGUGCAGCGCUGCAGGACAGCUGGGCUCUGAGUGACGUGGGCGUCACAAGUGGAAGUGCCAUCCGAUGCCUGAUAAAGAGUGAACGCAGGCCUGUGAUGCGUGUGUUCAAUGCUGUGACAGGAGAGACAUUACCAAUCAUGGGAAGCGAGGCUCUUCUGCAUAUGUCCAUCGCUAGACUGAAAACUGUGGUGUCCAUGCAGAGUGGCCUCCCAGUCAGCACCUUCAGAUUGAGCACAGCUGCUGGUGUUCAGCUCUAUGACUGCAACCAGCUGCAGGACUACGCCACUGAAGUGGGCACUACUCUCCGUUUGGACACGUGGGAUGGGUGGGUGGAGUUCCUCCAGGCUUGCCUCCUGGGUCACAGACUGACAGUCCAGAGCCACCUAUCGGAGAAGAAGCCAGUAAUGAGGUUUCAGCUGCAGGUGGCGCUCUACAUCGCCGCCUCUUUAGGCCACCUGGAUCUGGCCGGCUGGCUGCUGGAGCGGGGGACGCAUGCUGAGGAACCAGUCGGAGUACAUCCGUACCGAGAGUGGUGCCACCAAACCGCCCACCGAGACACUGGAAAAUGUCCCAUCCACGUAGCUGCAGAGAGCAGCCAGCUCCUCAUCCUCAAACUCUUCAUCACCGAGAACCUUUUGACCUUGGCUCGUCGGGACCCUGGAAGUUGUGACCCUUUGAAAAUUGCUAUUCAGCAUGGUCACAGGGAUUGUGUGCGCUACUUAGCCAAUAAGCUGUGCUCAGUAGUAUCCCUGUCAAACAUGUCCCUGCCCAUGCGUAUCUACCUGCAGAUAAAACGCUGGGUGAGUUUGGGGCAGAGAAAGGCGGCCUCCAAUCGAUGCCACUCCAGUGCUGCCUUCAAAGCCAGGGUGGGGGAUACGUUGCUGGUAGAUGGCUUCAACCAGCCAAACAUGUCUUCUAAAUCCAGGAAAGCUGUGUCCAAACCAAGCAGAGGAAUCAAGGCCAAACCUUUGCAGCCAUUACCUCCCAUCAAAAACUCACUUUCAGUAUCGCACCUUUCCAGCCUGCAGCCUGUGAGCCCUGGUGGCUUUAAAGAGCUGCUGAAAAAGCAAAAACAAUAUGUAAAAAGUAGAGAGGAUGGCCUAUUGGAUGAAAUCUGUAAGGAUGACAGCAGCUUGUGCAAGAGCAAGUUUAUACUCCCGCCGAUCACCAGUGAAAACAUUCCCUGUGCAAAAUCUUCUCUGGAGACCUUCUCUCACCCCUGUGGCCGAACACCAAGAGAAAAUGCAUUAUACUGCUUUACUAUAGCCAGCACCUUCACAGAGAAGCCUUGGUUGAAGCAGAUGAGCAUAGCGCGGACCCUGAUCAGGAAGCGUGUCCACACCGUGGUCUAGAUACUCCAGAUCUGUCACUCAUCAGCCCAACUGCUCGUGGAUCUCCCAUCGCCAUCGGCUGCCUGAAUAACUGUGGACAACGAAGAAUCCUUCAGAGUGACAACUGAGGAGUGUAUCUCAGGCUUAGUCUCUUUAUGUCUGUAUGUGCUUAGCCAAAUCUCUACCUUUAAUUGCUUUUCACAGAAAGAGAUAGACAGAUGUUACAGGUAUAGACAAAUACAGAUUUAAAACAUGUUUUACUUGUUUACAGGAAGUGAAAGGAUUCAUUCAUGCAAUUUUGUGUUUGACAAAAGUCCUAGUAAGGACUAGCUUAGAGCUCAUACAUACUGCAUAUCUACUGCCCUCCCUCACAUACUGUAUGUGUGUAGGUGCAAACACACUUCCAAUACAUGUUGAAGAUGAGUUGGCCUUUGAGGUAUUUAAGCAAUUGUGAAACUGUGAAAGCAGUAUCAGACAACAAAUUAAAUAAUGGUGAUUAUCAGAAAACAAUGACAUUCCAUAAAUAAGGUAUUGUAAAAAUAAUCUAACCUAUAUGAACACACUGAUAUCGUUGAAAAUAGUAAUACAGAUAUGACUUUUACAUGCUGGUUUAGAGCAUGGAAUGAUAAAUGAUAUACUGUACAGAGGAUGGAUUGUAGUAUGUUAUUGUUGGCAUAAAUAAUAUAUAUUCUUGUGUAUCUUUGUUCAUUAAAGUGACAAUCAAA